AUGGAUAUGAUAGACAUACCAUUUGAGGAGCUGGUGGAGCUCCUGGCUAACAUUAGUAAAACGGAGAAGGGCAGGGAGGUGAUGAAGUCCAUCACCAUGGACCGCUACCGCCUAUCCCCGCCUGUCAUCGGCCUCAGCAUUCUGGCGUACUCUCUGGUGUUCGUCCUCUGUCUGAUCGGAAACAUCCUCGUGCUGAUCGUCGUGAUCCGGACCCCGAGAACCAGAACUAUCACCAACUACUUCAUCCUCAACCUGACCAUCAGCGACCUGCUCGUGGGGAUCUUCUGCGUGCCCUUCACGUUAGUCAACCACAUCUUCACAGAGAAUCAAUUUGGUGACGGCCUGUGCAAGUUUACACCUCUCAUCCAAGGAGUGGCUAUCGGGGCUUCUGUAUUCACGCUAACAGCCAUCGCACUCGACAGACACCGUCUCAUCAUCCACCCUACUGAGCGGAAGCUGACAGGGAAGGAAGCGUUCGGCAUCAUCACUGGCAUCUGGGUCCUCUCCCUCACGAUCAUGAUUCCCCAGGUUUUCAUCAGACGCGAGGAGGUCAUCGAGAUUUUCGGACAGAGCAUGCACAUCUGUGGCGAGUUCUGGCCCUCUAGCGAGGCGAAGCAGAUCUACAGCGGGUUCCUGUUCGUGCUGUGCUACAUGGGCCCCCUGCUCCUCAACGCCUGCCUCUACGUCAGGAUCGGUCUGACGCUGUGGUUCAAGAAGCCGGUGGUGAGAACGCCCAUGGCCGCUGCCGACGCUAUCAAAAAGCGCAGAGUUGUCAAGAUGUUGAUUAUGAUUGUGUCGCACUUUGCUCUCUCGUGGCUACCCCUCUACACGUGCUGGCUGUUGGAUGACUUUAAUGCUUUGUCCGUGUCUCAGUCAGAAACCAUGCAUGAUUAUAUCUACCCUGCGGCCCACUGGCUGGCGUUUACCAACAGUGUGUUCAACCCCAUUGUGUAUGGAUAUUUCAACAAUCAUCUGAGAGAGAACUUCAAAAACGUCAUGACCUUAAAAGCAGUGACAAAUAGCACCAUGAAUAGAACACGGGAGACACUGUAA